AUCUAACUUGUGCAAAACCCCUUGGGCUGAAUCUUGCUUAUUGCGAGCGGGUGAUUGAGUGCCUUGACGGCCCUGAUUUUGAGUCUGAAGGCCAACAAGUACAGACGGUAAGAUGUAGGUAUAUAAGCUGGUAGGAAUCUGCUCAAACUUGCUCAUUGGCAAAGAGAGAAACAUCAAACAAGCAUCAGACAAGCACUAUACUAGCUCCACAUCAUGAAGCUUUCUACACCCCUCAUUGUUGCCGCCGCAGCAUCCUCGGCCACGGCGCACACUAUCUUUGUUUCUCUGAACAACGGCGCUGUUGGCGAUGGCGUCCGCGUUCCCUCAUACGAUGGCCCCAUCACUGAUGUGACAUCCAACGACAUUGUUUGCAACGGCGGUCCUAACCCAACGACCAAGACCAACACCGUCAUCACUGUUCAAGCUGGGUCUCAGGCGACUCUCACAUGGCGCCAUACCUUAACCUCUGGACCUAGCGAUGUUAUCGAUUCGAGCCACAAGGGUCCCGUCAUGGCGUACUUGAAGAAAGUCUCAGACGCGAAAACUGACUCUGGUGUCGGCAAUGGAUGGUUCAAGAUUGCAGAAGACUCCUUCGACGGUACGAACUGGGGUGUCGACAGACUCAUCGCCAAUCAAGGCAAGCAGACCAUCACAAUUCCAGCGUGUAUUGCGCCAGGUCAAUAUCUGCUGCGCGGCGAGUUGAUCGCGUUGCAUUCGGCAAGUAGCUACCCUGGCGCCCAGUUUUAUAUGGAGUGCGCGCAGAUCAACGUCAUUGCUGGCAGUGCAAGUAAGACGCCUUCGACCGUGAGCUUGCCUGGUGCAUACAAGGGAUCGGAUCCGGGAAUCACGUACAACCUGUACACCGGAUCAAAGACUUACACUGUGCCUGGGCCGGCGGUAUUCAAGUGCUGAGUAUAGGUAACCUUGAAGGUUCCUGGAGAGGCGGCCGCGAGAGUGUGCAUACAGCGGUACUGCACAGCUCGAGCAGAAGACGGAUGCAUUUCGAACAGGCUUCC